UACCACUAAUCCCAUUUCAAAUAAUAAAAUUGUUAACUGUAAAACCCGAAUUAGUGACUUGGUUAUUGAUGGUCUGUGGCUUGGUUUUUCCAUGCCCACCCCUCACAUCGUUUUGCAAAAAAAACGUUCUUUAAACUUCCAAAUAUUUAAUGAAUAAAAUUGUUAAUUAAAAGAUGGGGGACGUGAAUUUUCCAGCUCAACAUACAACAACGACCACAGUUACAAGAGUGCAAACGACAUUGCGAUACGAUUCGUCAUACUUUAGGUCAAAGGAUGGGAUUUUCAAGAUUGCCGAAGUUGGGCUCAGUUUACUUGGAUUCAUAUGCAUACAAUGCACAGAAUUUUCCAGUCUUUCGAUGGGGAAGUUUUAUAGCACUGUGUCAAUGUUCGGAGUAUGGACGACCGGAAUCCUGCUAAUUCUCUACUUAUUUCAUAUUAUCGAAAAACUGUAUAAAAUUCCGUGGAUUCACUUCCAACUGUUCUUCAACGGAAUAUUGGCUCUAUGUUUUUUGAUCUGUUCAAGCAUGGUUGCCAAUUCGACCAUUUCGGCAUUUCAUGCAGCAGCCUUCUUUGGGUUUAGCGCAACUAUAAUUUACGCUCUGGAUUCAUAUUUUAAGUUUCGUGCUAUGAGAGCCGGUGCUUUGGCCCAAGGGGAGAGACAGAUUACCAAGGAGACUACUACUGCAACACAGAAAUAUUAAUCUAUACCAUAUUAAAGGUGUAUUCUUAAGCUAUUUAUCACAUUUACCUGUGUUUUUGCAGCGUUUGGAUUUUUUUUCUAUUAUAAAAAUGGUGUGUGUAAAUGUAAUAACUAACCGCACGUUGCGCAUAUUAUUGUUUAAUUAUACAAGUAACGUUUAGGUUCACAAUUAUUUGUUUAGUGCCUUAAAAAUGGACACUUUUGCAUACAAAUUAUAAUUGUUAAUUAUUUAUGUGAGCAUAUUGUUAGACCCUGAGUCUAUUGUAAUUACUGGUACAACUCAAUUGACCAAAUGUUUUAGUUGUAACGUUAGGUAGAUUUCAUUAAUUUUGUACAACAGAGCUGGUUUGAAUUAACCAACACUGUUAUUUAUUUAUUAUCAGUAAUUCAGAAGUGGCAGUUUGUUGUAGACGUUUUUAUGAAUACACCCAUUUACAGUGUUGAUACACCACAUUUUUAAUAUUUUAUAUUGUUAUUCGAUAAUUCAUAUAUUGUUGCCUAUUUUAUAAAUAUUUAUGGUGACUAUACAAACUAAUGUACCUAAUUAUCCAUACAUCACUAAAGCAUU